ACCGUGAUUAUCUUCAAAAAUUCGUACAAUUUCUGGAAAAUUGAAAAUAAUGAAAAUUAAAUGAUGCGAAUUAGAUGAAAAUUAAUUGAUUAUAAACGAGAGAAAGACUUGGUCGGGGACGUUUUCCUCAGUAAAAGACGUGCUAAUAUUAUUAAUAGCUGGAAGUCGAUCUUUAAUAUUCAGUAAUUAGUUUUAUUGUUCAAACAAGAAUUGGCGAGUCGGAUAGAUCGUGUCUCGCCCGUUGCGUGUGUCGCGCUUUCUGAACGCAUGCACCAUACUUCUACUUCUGCCGAUCACUGCAGAUAUUUAUGUCCAGAUCAAAUUAUGAAACGCGGCGUUUUUGCAGACCAUUUUAAAGGCCGUAUCUUCAUUUGUUGCGUGUAAUGCAAUUCGUUAAUUAAUCUGAUUUAUGAACGAACAAAUUGUGAUUAGAAUCAUCUUACGGAUAACAGCUUUUCAGUGGCGAUACUAACAAUUAUAAAUCGAUCUCGAUUAAAGUACUUAUCUACUUCAUUUCAGACGAGAAUAAUGUCACGCCUUAAAAAAAUCUUUGCCAAUUUUAACAACAUUAACAUAAUUUAUAGAAAUCGUUAGUCAUUCAUACUGAUGCGCCCAUAAGCCUCCAGCCCAUUAGGUAUUAAGUAAUCCAUCGUUGAAUUAAUUCAGCUAUUUCCGUUAGAAAAGGAAAGAUGUAUCCGAACCGGUUCCUCGCUCGCGAUCUCAAUAUUUUGUUGACCUACAGCCAGCCGGCGACAUCGAUAUAAAUAUGAAGAAAACAUUUUGACCAACACAAACAAGCGAGGCUUGUGGUAGAAGACACAAGUUCACUUCGGUGGCCAGCGAUUAGCUAAUCGAAAUGGCUACUUUUGCAAAAUUGGCAGCUCUUGCCAUACUAGUUAGCAACACCCACGCAGGAUACCUACAUGGCAAUCAUCACCACGCGCCUCUAAGCCAUCACGAUCACCAUGACCAUCACUCUAGUCUCCCAUCGUCGUCUCUCAGCGCCCCUAGUGCUUUGGACAGUUUCUCUCCUAGCAGCUUCCCAGCUGGCUCCUUACCGUCAGCCACAUACCAUGACCAUGGGCAUGGACUUGGAGGUGGGUAUUCCAGCCACUCCGACCUCUCUCACCAUGACAGUGGACUUUCCAGCCACUCUUUAAGUGGUGGAUUCUCAGGCCACUCACUUAGUGGUGGCCUUUCCGGACAUUCGAUUAGCGGUGGACUCUCCGGCCAUUCCAUAAGCGGUGGUCUCUCUGGCCAUUCGGUAAGCGGUGGUUUCUCCGACCAUUCUUUGAGCGGUGGGCUUUCAGGCCAUUCCUUGAGCGGUGGGUUUUCCGGUCACUCUCUGAGUGGUGGAAUUUCAGGCCACUCUUUAAGCGGUGGAAUCUCAGGCCAUUCCCUUGAAGGCGGGCUUAGCGGUGGCUUCGACAGUGGCUCGUCGUACGACUCUCACCUCCCAGCAGCACCCCUGCCAUCGUUGCCAGCAGCGCCCCUUCCAUCAGGACUCGAUUCACACUCUUUCUCGUCUCCUGGCUCUAGUUAUUUGCCACCAUCUGACUUAUCAUCAGGAUUCGGAUCAUCAUUGCCUUCUCCACCUCUCUCAUCAGGUCCUCUGCCUUCUGGACCCUCCUUUGGUGCUGGAGGUAUUGGCGCCAUCGGCGGUAUUGGCGCUGGUGGAGAUAUCGGCGCCGUAGGAGGCGCUAUUGGAGGCGGUAUUGGAGGCGGUAUUGGAGGCGGUAUUGGAGGCGGUAUUGGAGGUGCUAUUGGAGGCGCUAUUGGAGGCAUUGGCGCCGGUGGAGCUAUCGGUGGUGGUGGUCUGGGCGGCGGAGCCGGAGUUGGUGGCGUUAUUGGAGCGGCCGGUGCGGGUGAUGCCCUUCCUCCGGGUCCCAAAGCUCCCGUCAUCACUGAAAUCCACGGCCUGGCUAACGGCAACGGUGCCCCUACUCGCUACCGCGUGCGCGAAGAAACCUACCAAGUCUUCCGUGAAGUGACCCACAGAGUUCCCCAGCCCGUUCCAGUGCAAGUUCCCCAAAGGGUUGAGAUCCCCGUGCCACAGCCUUACCCCGUACAAGUGCCACGCGUCAGAAACGUCCCUGUACCAGUGGUUAAGUAUCAGCAAGUGAAGGUUGACAAGCCAGUGCCUUACCCCGUGGAGAAGAUUGUAAAAGUGCCCGUGGAGAAGGUGGUGAAGGUGCCGGUAGACAACCCCGUGCCGGUGGAAAAGAUUGUGAAAGUACCAGUUGUGAAGCUUAUUAAGGUGCCGGUACAUAUCGAGAAGAAGUACGCCGUACCUCACGUGAAGACUGUCCACCACCACGCACAGAGCCACGGCCACAGCUCGCAUGGCCACAGCUCGCACGGCCACAGUUCCCACGGCCACGGAUGGUAGACGCCAAACAAGACAAUUACCUCAUGUAAUAUAUCAUUACCAUUCCUAGUCCUUUUGUAAAUAUAUUUCGCGUCAUGGCUCAUCGUAGGCUGCAACGUAGGGUGAUAACUAAGUCAUUAGUUAAGUUGUAUUAUUGUUAUUGUUUGUCUCGUUUGUGUAUAGUAAUAUAAGUUUAUUACUUUAUUAAAAACGAUUU